UGGCUCCAUUAUGCCCUCCACACGCAUAUAAGUGACGCGUGUAUGCGCGUCGCCUUCUCUCCUCUUUCUUUUUCCUUUCCUCAUUGUUUCCCCUCUCUGUAUCUCUCUCUCUCUCUAACAUAGCUGAAGUGACCCCAUCAGUGAAACAAAAACCAUUAGCUUUUCUCUCGAAAAAUCCCAAUAGAUCGCUGGGCUCCGGCAUGGCACUUCGCCGGAAACUCAAACUCCGGCCACUCCAGACUCCUUUCUCUGGCUAAAUGCUACGACAAAGCUACAACUUCAGCAUCUCUAUCCGACUCCGUAAGAAUGACAACGACGACGACGACGACGACGAAGACUCUACUACUGGAUUAAAAAAAGAACCUUUGAAAGUUCGGAAUCCCCUAACAAGACCCCAGCUUUUGCCUUCCUUUUCAUUUGGGUCCUCGCAAUGGCGGCUACGAACACUUCGGCACCACCGCCAGUGGACUCAACCGCCGCCGCCCCCUCCUUAGUCUCAACAGACGAGCUGACGGCGAAGUCCGUACACAAGAGGUACGAAGGGUUAGUGAUGGUUCGUACCAAGGCCAUAAAGGGGAAAGGAGCGUGGUACUGGGCGCACCUGGAGCCCAUGCUGGUUCAUAAUAGUGACACGGGCCUUCCCAAAGCGGUCAAGCUCAGGUGCUCCCUCUGUGACGCUGUCUUCUCGGCCUCUAACCCGUCCCGCACCGCCUCAGAGCACCUCAAGCGCGGGACCUGCCCCAAUUUCAACUCUGUCGCCAAACCCAUUUCCUCUAUCUCACCUUCUUCUGCUUCCCUUGCUUCCCCGGCUCCUUCUCUGCAACCCAACAAUCGUAAGCGUAGCUCGUCUUCUGCUUCAGCUGGUGGUGGUGGGGGCGGCUCGGGUUCUUCGUACCAGGUACCACCGCUGGCGAUAGUGGAUCCGUCGAGGUUCGAGCUGGCGUACUCGCAGGCGGUGUCGGCGACGGCGGGGUCCUUGCUGCCACAGCAGCCGCAUUUGAUGCUCUCUGGUGGGAAAGAAGAUUGGGGAGCUCUUGCUAUGUUGGAGGACAGUGUGAAGAAGCUCAAGAGUCCGAAAACAUCACCUGGGCCGACACUCAGUAAGAGCCAGAUUGAUUGCGCGCUUGAUUUUCUCGCUGACUGGGUCUUUGAGUCUUGUGGGUCGGUCUCUUUUUCGACCUUGGAGCAUCCCAAGUUCCGAGCUUUCCUUAAUCAAGUUGGGUUGCCGGCUGUCUCUCGUAGAGAUUUCACCGGCGCCAGAUUGGACGCUAAGUAUGAAGAAGCCAAGGCUGAGUCUGAAGCAAGGAUUAGAGACGCUAUGUUCUUUCAGAUCGCCACUGAUGGGUGGAAAUUCAAGAAUUAUGGCGUUUCGGGAGAAGAAAGUUUGGUGAACUUAACCGUGAAUCUCCCAAAUGGGACUAGUUUGUAUCGUAAAGCAGUGUUUGUCAGUGGCUCUGUGCCUUCCAAGUACGCAGAGGAGGUCUUGUGGGAGACAGUCAAGGGCAUUUGUGGGAAUGCUGUGCAGCAGUGUGUAGGAAUAGUUGCAGACAAGUUUAAGGCCAAGGCACUGAGGAAUUUGGAGACUCAGAAUCAUUGGAUGGUUAAUCUUUCUUGUCAGUUUCAGGGGUUCAAUAGUUUGAUUAAGGACUUCAGCAGGGAGCUUCCAUUGUUCAAGACGGUCACUGAGAGUUGUUUCAAGCUCGCUAAUUUUGUCAAUUACAGGUCUCACAUUCGGAAUAGCUUUCAUAAAUAUCAGUUGCAGGAGUAUGGACACUCAGGGUUGCUAAGACUACCGUUGCGCGAGUGUGAGAGUGUAAACUUUGGGCCUGUAUAUACAUUGGUGGAGGAUAUACUGAAUUCAGCUCGAGCACUACCGUUGGUUUUGCUGGAUGAAUCGUACAAGAUGCUAGCAAUGGAGGACCCAGUUGCGAGAGAAGUUGCAGAGAUGAUUCAGGAUGUGGGGUUUUGGAAUGAUUUGGACGCAGUGCACUCGUUGAUUAAAUUGAUCAAGGACAUGGCUCAAGAGAUUGAGACGGAAAGGCCAUUAGUUGGGCAAUGCCUCCCACUCUGGGAUAAGCUUAGAGAAAAAGUGAGGGAUUGGUGUUCCAAGUUCCACAUCGCAGAGGGACCGGUAGAGAAGGUGAUUGAAAGGCGUUUCAAGAAGAAUUAUCACCCAGCUUGGGCUGCUGCUUAUAUACUCGACCCUCUAUAUUUGAUUAGGGACACUAGUGGAAAGUACCUUCCGCCUUUCAAACGCUUGAAUUCUGAGCAGGAAAAGGACGUGGACAAGCUCAUAACCCGGCUUGUUUCGAGGGAAGAAGCUCAUAUUGUGCUAAUGGAACUUAUGAAAUGGAGAACAGAAGGGCUCGAUCCAGUCUAUGCACGAGCUGUACAGAUGAUGGAGAGGGACCCCGUUACUGGAAAGAUGAGAAUUGCCAACCCGCAGAGCAGUAGGCUUGUGUGGGAAACGUAUCUUUCUGAGUUUAAGUCGCUAGGGAAAGUUGCAGUUAGGCUAAUCUUUCUUCAUGCAACUUCUUGUGGAUUCAAAUGCAAUUGGUCUUUCUUGAGAUGGGUGUGUGCCCAUGGGCACUCAAGGGCGGGUAUGGACAGGGCUCAGAAGUUGAUAUUCAUUGCGGCUCAUUCGAAACUUGAGAGACGGGAUUUUUCAAGUGAUGAAGAUAAGGAUGCCGAGCUGUUCACCUUGGCAAACGAUACAUUUACAGGCUCUAGUUGGUUAUAUCAAGAGGACAUUGGUUACUCCAAACUAACCUCGGUCAUUUCCUUCUCAAAGCCUAAGAAGAAGCAUUCGACAAAGAUAUCGUUAAUGGCCUGGAGAGGCCACCAUAAAUGGUUGGUUGUUAGUAGAAUAGGUUGGACCAUGAUUUUUAAAAAAAGAGGAACAGUACUUUGCCAAAAGGAUCCGAGAAGUAUUUGACUAGAAAUUUCGGCAGUGAUCAGGCGGCAUCUUCUAAAGUCCUGCAGAGAGAGUUUGCUUCCAGCCGGGUAUAGUUAUGUGGGUCAACUACCUCGGAGGGACCUAAGAGUACACCUUUCUAGCUGGAAGAGCACUUUGUAACUGUUUCCAUCUUCAAACAUAUAUCCUGGUUUUUGUGUCUUUGAGAGAGUGAAGCCCCACAAUGAAACAAGUGGGAGUCUUUAUCCAACAUUUGUUUAUCAUAGAGAGAAAUCCGGGAUUUUAAUAUUAUUUUUAACCCAAUCAAAUCAGCUUUGGGUUACUUAUCUCUUAAACAUUCUAAAGCUCGUGAAGUUCAUGCAGAGACUUAAAUUGGGUGAUGCCCCCCAUGAUUACAAGAAAGGUCUCGAGAGGUCCCAGAGCAAAGAAGACUUGUCGGCUUGAAGCAACACAGGAGAAGAUAGAUGCUUGAGAUUGAUUCCACAACGAACUUUGAAUCGAUUUUUUCUGGUUUCAAAUAACAUUGGGAUCGUUGAAAACCAUAUUCAACAGAAACUGGUAGUGCAUGCAGUGGAUUAUCAUUAUUUUUUAGGAUUAUGUUUGCAAGCAAUCGCAUGCAGUUACGCCUAUUGUUGGUAGGUGUUUAUUGAUUAUCCAAAAAUAUGUUGUCGGGAUAAGCAUGUCCUCUCAAAAUAUAAUAAAUUUUCUAAAGCUAUUAUAGCGCCAUUAUUUCCAACGAGUGUCCAUUGAAUGGCUUUAAAUGGAGAUGUAUAUGUACUGAAGAAUGGAACG